AUGCCCCGCCACAUCCGCCUCGGUGUCAUUGUGCCGUCGUCCAACACGGCCCUCGAGCCGUUGACACAACAAAUUGUCGCAUUUCUCAACGCCGAUCCCACUUUUGGAUUGCUGCUGUCUGUCCAUUUUGCCCGUGUCCGCGUGACUACCAUUUCCUUGUCCGCCGACGCCGACGCCCAGUUCGCCCUGUCACCCAUGCUCGAUGCCGCGCAGCUGCUGGCGGAUGCUCGCGUCAAUGUCAUUGGCUGGAGCGGCACGUCGGCAUCGUGGCUGGGCUUUGCCGCGGAUGAUGCGCUGUGCACGGCCAUUGAAGAAGCCACGGGCAUCCCCGCGACAACGGCUGUGCGGGGGAUGAACUCCCUUCUCCAGCAGCAGAGGCGGCCACACGAUACAGUCGGUCUCGUGACACCGUACACGCCCGACGUCAACAAGGCUAUCCAGGAGAACUAUGCCGCCGCUGGUCUGACAAUCUCGGAUGGCCGCUCACGGUACACAGGGUGGUCCGACAACAUAACGUUUGCCAAUCUCGACGAACCGACGCUCGACGCAAUGGUGGACGACGUCGUGAGACAUGGAGCCCAGACAGUGCUCAUUAUGUGCACAAACGUACGGGCAGCGCAGCGCGUGCAGUACUGGGAACGACAGCACGACAUCCAGGUGCUCGACUCUGUAGCCACGACCGUCACGGCCAUGCUGGACGCACUGGGGAUAGAAGUGAAGAGUGCCAGCGCUGCUGAGGCGUGGGGCAAACAAUUUCAAAGCUCAUAA